UCAAUGCGACAGAGCAGUGUGUUACAUUAUUUGGCAAGGUGUGCUAGUUGUUGUGGACCUUUGCUGUUGUUUCUACUUAGUUCCUCAGUAAAAUGAGUCGUAAAAUUUUGGCAUUCUUAUGCCUUUCAUUGCUAUUGGCGUCUGCGCAAAGUUAUGUUCCCGAUAUCAGGCUUGGGCAGAUUCAAAAUCGCAUUAUUUCGGGUACACCUGCCUCGCUUGGCCAAUUUCCCUGGCAAGUGAUAUUAAAAUUAGAUCCGCUAGAUGAUUUGCUUUGUGGUGGUUCGAUUAUAGCAUCAUCUUGGGUACUCACCGCAGCACAUUGCACUUAUGGACAAACUUCUAUGUUUCUCAUGUUUGGCACUAUAAUAUUUGACAAUCCUAAUGCCCUAAAUAUGACAUCAACACAAUUGUACGUCCAUCCAAAUUACAAUGAAGAGAAUUUAAAUAAUGAUGUGUCACUGAUUGAGCUACCAACACCAUUGACAUUUAGCACAAUUAUACAACCAAUACAAUUGGUACCAAGUUCAGCGGCAAGCUACAAUUUCAUUGGUCAAGUGGCCAUAAUCGCUGGCUUUGGUUUAACCGAUGAUGAAUACACGGAUUUUUCAAAUAAUCUAUUAUAUGCACAAGUAGAAAUCAUUAAUAAUAGUAAGUGUUUAGCGGUGUUCGGAACAAGUGUAGUUCUUAGCUCAACAUUGUGCGCUAAAGGCGAAAAUGGCACUGAUAUGUCGAUAUGCAGCGGUGAUUCUGGUGGUCCGCUAAUAACGCAAGAUUCGAGUGGCACGUGGAUGCAAAUUGGCAUAAAUUCGUUUGUUGCAGAAGAUAUGUGUACUGAGGGAUACCCGUCGGGUUAUGCGCGUUUAACCUCAUUCCUGGCUUACAUAUCGCAAGUGACGGGUAUAAAUUUCAAUAGUACUUAAAAGGAUAUGGUUGAGAUGGAUAUUAAAUAAAUUUCGCUAAAUUUAA